GUGUGACGUCAUAAGGCUGCGCCGCUCCCGCGCUGUGAUUCGACUGGGGAAAGGAUAAAGUGUCCAAACACAGAGAAAAUCUCCUGCUGAAGCGACUGAUCUCCACACUGUUAUAAAGAUGGCGUUUAUUAAAGAGGAGAGUGAAGAUGUGAAGAUUGAAGAAACAUUCAGAGUCAAACGUGAAGAUCUGCAGGAACAAACAGACCUAAUAAAAGACUAUGAGGAGAGUAAAGAGGAGGAACAGCAUGUCAAAAUUGAGGACAAAGCUCAUUUAGAGACUGAUGGUAUUUUAAAAGUGAGAGACAAGAGUUGUUUUACCUGCACUCAAUGUGGAAAGAGUUUGGCAAGCAAAAGCAAACUUAAGAUUCACAUGAUGAUCCACACUGGAGAGAAACCAUUCACAUGCACCCAGUGUGAGAAGAGUUUCAGCCUAUCAUCAUACCUUAUUAAACACAUGAGGAUCCACACUGGAGAGAAACCAUUCAAAUGCCCUCAGUGUGGGAAGACUUUCAGCCAAUCAUCACACCUUAAUCUACACGUGAGGAUCCACACUGGAGAGAAACCAUUCACAUGCACUCAGUGUGGGAAGAGUUUCAGCCAAUCUUCAUACAUUAAUAAACACAUGAUGAUCCACACUGGAGAGAAACCAUUCACAUGCACUCAAUGUGGGAAGAGUUUCAGCCAGCCAUCAUCCCUUAAUCAACACAUGAAGAUCCACACUGGAGAGAAACCAUUCACAUGCCCUCAGUGUGGGAAGAGUUUCAGGUUAUCAUCAACGCUUUAUAGACACAUGAGGAUUCACACCGGAGUAAAACCAUUCACAUGCACUCAGUGUGGGAAGAGUUUCAGCCAAUCACCUCACCUUAAUAAACACAUGAAGAUCCACACUGGUGUAAGAGAGUAUAUGUGCUUGGAGUGUGAGAAGACUUUUAUUACAGCUGCAGAAUUGAAACACCACCAGAGGAUUCACACUGGAGAAAAACCAUAUAAGAGUUCACACUGCAGUAAGAGAUUUUCUAACUCAGGAACCCUGAAAGCACAUGAGAGGAUUCACACUGGAGAGAAACCAUAGACAUGAUCAGUGUGUACAGAGUUUCACUCAUUCGGGGCAGCUAAAGAAAUACAUGGGAUGGUUUCCGGUAUGGCAUCAACACAUGUAGCAGCAUAGAAAGAGCGCUCCCAUACACACUGGUAUUAAUCCUCCUUAUGACAUCAUGCAUGAUAACCUAAACAAUAUUUAAAUAACAUGGAGGGGGACAAAAACAAAAAGGCUAGGACAAAACAACCAUUGAAACCUGAAAAAAAUGAGAAAUCAACAGAUGAAAAGUCUCAGAUGGACGGGAUAGCUGAUAGCCUGUCAGCUAGCAUUGCAGCAAUAUUGGAAUGGAAAUAAAUUGUGAAAUAUAUUGAGUCACCUCCACCCCAAAUUUUUGUACCUCCUCACACUCCCACACAUAAUGAAAAAACGAACCUUGUAUCUUCUUGCAUUUAAAACAAAGCUCAGGGAUAUUAGGGUUGAAUUUAUUUAAUCUUACAGGAGUAAUAUAGGUUCUCAUUACCCAGUUAUAUUGUAGCAAUUUCAA